AUGCAGUUCUCAAUCAAGACCGCUUUCCUUGCUCUCGCCGUCUUCCUUCCCCUCGCCUCUGCUGCCGUUCUCGAUGAGAAACGCUGGGGUGCAGGCACUGGCGGCGGUGGAGGCGGAGGUGGCGGUGGCGGAGGUGGCGAAUGCAAACCGCUUCUUCAGAGCUGCGCCGUCAACAGUGAAUGCUGUGGUGACCUUUGUGUCGCUGGGACAUCGUGCACCGUUACGUUCAUCAACCGAUGUACCAGCUGGCUCGAAAUUAAGGGCUUUUUCUAUACUCUCCCUCUUCCUCCUGCUAUCGUUGUUUCUCGUUGGGCCAGUACACUAACAUGUAACUCCUCCGAUAUCAGGCUACCGUUACAAUGCUAUGGUGUUCCAAAGACUGUCGUUGAUGGUGACCUCGGUCUGAAUGUUGUGAACUAUGUACUGUCGUUUAUGUUGUCCCAAUGUCUAUAA